UUGUGAAACCGGUCGUGGAAAUAAAAGGGACAAAACGGAAAAAUGAGCUUGCAAGGAUGGAUCAAGGAGGAGCUCUCCAAGUGCUUGUGCUUCGAGAUUCCGGACGCUAUGAUAAGCUAUAUCUGCAGCAUCCGGGAAAGUGGUGAAAUCGACGAGUACUUUCGCACGCUGCUGGAUUUCAAAAAUCCGGAGCAUGUAAAGUUCUUGGGCGAGCUGAAGCGCCGAAUGGGAACCCGUCCCGGGGCUAACACUCAGCAGACUUCCAAACAGACGGCACCUGCUCCGUCCGGAAAGCAGAAGAAGCAGUCCGAUCCGCCACAGCAAAGACAACCGCAACAGCAAUCGAAGGGGAAGGCAGGACCACCGGUGGCCACCAGCAACAGCAGCAGCACCACCGCUGCACCUCAACCGGAUACGGCCAAACCGGUGGCCGGUGGAUCGAAAAAGAAGCCAAAGUUCGUCUCACUGUACGGUGAGAAUGGAGAGCUGAAGAAUGUGGUAAAGCUAAAGGGACGGCACCACUGCGAUUGCCAGGCGGUGAAGCACAAACUGAUCAACAACUGUCUGCACUGUGGCCGAAUCGUAUGCGAACAGGAGGGUAGCGGACCGUGCUUGUUCUGCGGUUCGUUGGUAUGCACGGCCGAGGAGCAACAGCUGAUCGAUGCGGCGUCCCGGAAGGGCAACAUGCUGAAGCGCACGCUGAUGGAGCAGGAACGACCGAACGGUUGGGCCGAAGCACUCGCCACUCGCAACCGGCUACUGGAGUACGAUCGUAACAGCGCGCGCCGGACGGCCGUAAUUGACGAUGAAUCGGACUACUUCCGCACCAACUCAGUCUGGCUGUCCGAUGCGGAACGCUCCAAGCUGGAGAAGCUAGAGGAGGAACUGCGAGAACAGAAACACGCAAGCCGGCUUUCGCGUAAGGUAACGAUCGAUUUCGCGGGACGCCAAGUGAUCGAGGAACCGGCGCUGACAGGCGAAGUCGAAGCUGCCAUUAUACGUUCCGUCGACGAAACGCUGUCCGGGAAAAAGACAAAAUCUAAAUCAAAGGGAGGAAAUGGCCAGGAAGCAGAGCAGCAAGCGCUCUCGAACCAGCCCAUCUUAGCCGAAGGUACGAGCACCCAUCCAAGACUGAUCGGGCCGGCACCGUUGUUCCUGGAAUCCGGUAGCUGUACUGCACCGCAAGGUUUUCGACCGAGCAACGGGUUCGAUGGGGUGUACAGCCGGCUGCAGGAUAAGCAGUUCCUUGAGAUGUCUGAUCUGCGACAUUGCCUGUCGAUGCAUCAACCGUGGGCGUCACUGCUGGUGGCCGGUAUCAAGCGGCACGAAGGCCGCACCUGGUACUCGUCCCAUCGGGGCCGCCUAUGGAUUGCGUCCACUGCCAAACCGGUCUCGCCGGAGAUGGUUCAGGAGCUGGAGGAUUUCUAUAGACGCCAGUACCCAGACGAGAACCUGGAAUUCCCUAACCAGUAUCCUGCCGGGUGUCUGCUCGGUUGCGUCAACGUGGAGGACUGUCUGCCGCAGGAAGAGUACCGGAAGCAGUACCCGAACGGUGAAUCCGACAGCCCGUACGUGUUUAUCUGUACGGAUGCACAGGAGCUACCGAUACGGUUUCCCGUUAAGGGAGAUCACAAAAUAUAUAUGUUGGAGAGUAAGGUACAUCAAGCUGCUGUGAAAUCCUUACAGAGACUGGCUCCAGUUGGAUAAAUUUGAUCACGGAAUCUACUACAAGAGUAACGAUAAGCUGGUUGCAUUGUUUGUUUAGAAAACGGAACACAAUCUGAUAUACCUUCCCUAUGCAAUAAAUGUUAUGUUCCAAACUACA